GGCAAGUUUAGAUGCCAUGAAAGGACAUCAAUGGAUGAGUCAAGAUACAAGCCUUCUGAAGAAGAAAGUCGAGUCUACGCCAAGUUUCUCUCUCAGAAAGUUUGCAUCUUUACUCAAGUCGACUACCCGUAAUGUUUGAAACCUUGAGUUUGGGCAAUAAUGCAGCAUACCUUGAUACACCCACCAUGCAACUCCCUGCGGCGCCCCAAAAUCCACCCAGUGACUACCUUGAACUCUUGAGACAUCGAUAUAGCUUCAUCAUCUUACCCGUUUUCUCACACCUUGGUCAUCCACCUUCGUUACGGGCCGAGCAUAUCCGGAUCCGCUACACCCUCCAAUAUUUAAGCAUUGACUCGAAGCCGGAGGAUGCCUUCCGCUUCCCGCUCUUAGCACUACAGUCAAUCACGGUCACCCAUGGCGCUCAAUCCAAUCAAGACUUGCGUCCUCGGUGUCGGUCUCGCUGGUCUCACUUUCCACGUCCCCUUCGUCCUGGCGCUACCAGAGCUUUUCUCACUUCAUGCUGUUCUCGAACGCAAUCCUCAGUCUGCAGGCGGCAAAGUUGCUGAACGCUUCGGCGUCAACACCAAGAUAUACAAUAAGAUCGAGGAUGUUCUUGCGGAUAACGAGAUCGAGCUGAUUAUCGUAGGGACACCCAAUGAAACCCAUUACUCGUUGGCCAAGGUUGCACUCGAAGCUGGCAAGCAUGUCUUGGUUGAUAAGCCUGUCACCGUUACGGUGAGAGAAGCAAACGAGCUGGGACAGCUUGCUAAGUCAAAGGGUCUAGUCCUAUAUGGCUACCAAAACCGAAGAUGGGACUCAGAUUUUCUUGCUUUCCGUCGUCUACUCGCCCUUCCUUCGUCAUCGCCCCUAUCCCUUGGCGAACUGACGGAGUUCGAAUCCCAUUAUGACCGUUACCGACUUGGAGCUCGUGGCUCCUGGAAGGACACAGCUGGAUCAGUAUACGACCUUGGGUCUCAUCUCCUUGACCAAGCCCUGAAACUGUUUGGAAGGCCAACUAAGCUGACUGCUUUCAUACAAAAUGUUCGAGGCGUGACGAAGCCCGAGGUCGAUGAUAUUUUCGCCAUCUACUUGCACUAUCCGGCAGGAACGUUAUAUUCACACCCUUUCACCGCUAUACUUCGCUCUCAUAUUAUCUCCAUCAAGUCUCCUCAACUGCGCUUCGCCAUUCGAGGAACCAAGGGCACAUUCACCAAAUAUGGUCUUGACGUUCAGGAGGAUCAGCUUAAGGCUAUGCCGUCUCCGACUGGAAUGUUUGAAGCAGGCUUUGGCAAAGAACCAGAGGCUAUCUGGGGCUUCAUCGAAAACAUUGGUGAAGACGGCGCAACGAUCUCCAAGACAGUUUGGCCGUCUGAGGCACCAGGUGAAUACGUGUCAUUGUUUAAGAACCUCGCAGGCGCUAUUCGCAAUAGCGAAGAGCUCGCGAUCAAAUGGGAAGAAGCAACUCAAGUAAUUGAAAUGAUUGAACUGGCGUACAAGAGCUCGGCUGAGGAACGCACCGUUGAAGUACCGAAGCUUUAAAGGUGGAGCAUAGAGAAGUACACCCGUAUGGUGACGGUGGUCUGAAUGUAAGAUAAUGGAAGUACUGUCUGAAAGAACGUUGUAUCUAUUACCAGAGGGGCUUCAAGUGCUAGUAGUUCGAGUCCAAGUACCUUGCAAUUGAGCGAAG